AUGCUUGAGGACUUAUCGCCGACUCCUCAAGAGCUCUCCGAAGUGAUUAAAAACGGACAAGCCUGGGCGCGCGCGAAGGCGCUGCCAUUUCCGGCUGUUGUUGUCAAUGGGAGAGUGAGUGGUGACCUCUCCGAAUUGGCGGUGUUUAUCACCGAAGACUUUGGGGCGUUGGGCUCGGCGUGGUACACGAGAGUAGUGGAGCGGCAGAAAAAGAAAGAAACCGGUUUGGAUUUCGACGAGGAUGAAAUCACUGACGUGAUACGGGAACUUAUUUUCCCGGAAAAACGCGUUAAGUUUCUCUCCGCGGUUUACCAUCCGGCGCUGUUCCCCGACGAGGAACAACCCCGGGUGUUGUUGCCGAUCGACAGUUUGCGUCAAGUCGCGAAUUUGGAAAUUGCGCCCAACUCGGGAGGGCCGAGGGUGCCGCUACAUGUUCUUGUGGUUGUUGGUGGUACGGAAGAGGAACUCGAUGAAAACUUUUUGGUGGUGGAGAAAGUCGCGGCGGCUCUCAAAGGGCGGAGCGGAGCUAUUAUCACAGUCGUCGGAGUGAAUUCUGAGGUCAACGCCAAGAUGAUCGGCUGUGUUAACAGUCUUGAUGGGUUGAGGAGUUUCAACAUUGAUAAGUGCAGCCAGACCCCAGCGGCAGUUGAUCCCAACGUGAACGAGGCUGCGUCUCGACUGGUGCGGUCGGCUCACGCUGAAGAUAGCCGCGGUGUGGUACUCGUUAUUAACGGGAGAAGGACGGAAGUCGACGUCAAUGAGAGCAAGCCUAUUCUGGUCGAUUUGCUGACCUCGUUAUUGGCACCUUAUGAACAGGCUGGCGCACAAGAGGAUGCGUGUGUGGGCUUGGACCCGAUCGCGUGCAGUGUGGCGUUUACGUUGGUGCAGUCACUGGCUACUACAGAGAAUCCUCAUCGGGAGGUCAUAGAAGAAGGCCUCGACAAUGUUUUCGACAAGGCGCCACUUGCCGGGUUUGACGUACCUGCUAGAGGUCGGUUGAUCGCUGAGAUCACUGGCAGUGUGGAUCCUCUCACCGAUGCGGGCAGAAGGGCUCUUGCUACUAUAAAUCACAUAUCGGAGGCCCUUGAGGGCUUUGGGGCGCGUCUGGUCUUGGCCCCACAGGAGCAAUAUACAGAGUAUCCCCUCAAGAGCUGGCACCGAAUGGUGGUGACAGCGGAGUCGGCUGAGUUCGACUUGAUGCCAACACGGAAUACCCUAACUCUGGGCUUGGACGUAUUGCCGAAUUGGCAAGUGAGCAGUUUGAAAGCUGAAGUCGAUCUGGAUAAUAUCAGACUCACGCCGGUCGAUCAAGAGAGGGUGGAGGCUCAGUAG